UGCAUCGAGAAACAUCAAGUAUGUCGAGCCCGACCUCGUUUGUACCACCCAACCAGAUUAGUAGAGCUGUUAGGCGGGAAUUCACUGCGACUAGUUCACAGAUCGCAUUCGGUACGCCUGGAUGAGCCAUAUGUGACACUCAGCCACCGUUGGGGACUCGAUGAAACAUCUCGAACUACACUCAGCAAUCUAGAGCAGCGAUUGCUUUCAUUUCCCGCAGAAGAGCUAUCGCCAACGAUGCGGGAUGCGAUCACGGUUGUCCGAGGGCUCGGGUACCACUUCCUAUGGAUUGAUGCUUUGUGCAUUAUACAGGACUCAGACGAAGACUGGUUGCACGAAGCCUCAGAGAUGAGCUUUGUUUACAACAACGCUGUUCUUACCCUGGCAGCAGCGAACUCG